UCUGACGCCCGGUACCUAAUCGGCUAAUGUGCACUGUCAUGUACUCAGCCUCAGUAGAGCAUAGUACGGUGUAUGUUAAGCUGGUUACAGGAACCGCCAGAGCGUGGUCGCUGUCGCAUGUUGGGUUAGACUUAACUGAGUCUCGGUCAAAUGGAUGGACGACUUAGAGGCAAUGGCAAACAACAACAACCCUUUCAACCUGCGAUAUGUUCUAGAAAAGGAAAAAUUAUCUGGAACUAACUUUCUUGAUUGGGAGAUGAAUCUUAAGAUUGUUCGCGAAUGCGAGAAAAAGCUCUACGUUCUAACAUCUGAGCCUCCCAAAGCUCCUGAAGCGAACGCCCGUGCUGCAGAAAUUACUUCGUACCGGAAGUAUGAAGAUGAUGCACGUGAUGUACGUGAGAUGUCUCAUGCUAGCCACCAUGACCCCGGAGCUCCAAAGGCUCCACAAGGACAUGGAAGCUCAUCCUAUGAUGACUCGCUUGAAAGUACUGUUGCGAAGAAGAGUGGGCCACGUUCGCCUGCCGGGACCAAGCGCAAGGGUUCUAAGAAACCCAAGCCAGCGUCCAACUCCUCUUCGGUGAAACCCAAAGAAGGAGCUAAGAAGAAGUCUGAUAUAUGCUAUUAUUGUGGCAAAAAGGGCCACUGGAGGCGCAACUACGCAAAAUUACUAGCAGAGAGGAAAGAGGGAAAGAAACCUCAAACCUCAGCACUUUUUGUGGGAUACCCCAAGGAAACUAGAGGGUAUGAGUUCUAUCAUCCAUCCGAUAACAAAAUUUUCGUUGCUCGGAAUGGAACCUUCCUUAAGAAGGAGUUUUUUUCUGCUAUCACUAGUGGGAGAAAGGUAGACCUUGAAGAAAUUCGAGAAUCACAAGAAGAAGUCCCGAUAGUGUUGGAACCUGAGCAAAGAGAUCAAGCAAUUGAUUCUCAAACUGCUCAAGAUAUACCACGUUGGUCAGACCAGAUACGUAAUCCUCUGGUCAGAUAUGAAUUUCUCAUGUCUGAUGAAGGUGACGUCUUGUUGACGUGGUUGAGCGAGAACUUCUUCAUGAAAGACUUAGGGGAUGCUAGUUAUGUCCUUGGCAUAAGAAUCUACCGAGUAGAUCAAGAAAGUUAAUAGGUCUGAAUCAAAGUACAUAUAUAGAUAAAAUCCUUGAUCGAUUUAGCAUGUCUAACUCAAAGAAAGGAUCUUUACCUAUGACACCUGGCACGGUUCUUUCCAAGAGCCAGAGUCCUUCUACUCCCGAGCAGAAGGAACUCAUGAUGAAGGU